AUGCAUGAAGUUGGAUUGCCGUUGGAUCUCAAUUUCUUCACACAGCUGAUUUUGACUCUCUUCUUCCUCUCCCUCGGCCUACUCAACUUUGUCAAAAGAACAGUCGCUAAGUACUUCGAGGUCAGCGGCUCCAGUGAUUUCAUGGUUCUCGACGCAGGGGAAUGCGCCGUUUGUGGUAAAGCUACUACCAAAAAGUGCUCUCGUUGCAAAUCUGUUCGAUACUGUAUUAGCUCUGCGGUCAGACUGGAGCUCGGGACAUAA